GCCCUGCUGGAGAGGCGGGCCGAAAAUCUUGUUCCUGUAGUCUGCUUGUAUGGUGUUGAGCGGGAAAAGCUGCGGAUCAAGCCGGACAGUAACGAUUCUAGUAAUCCAGACUCCAACUGAGUGAUCCAUUUCUGCUGGUUUGGCAACCCAGUUACGGGCAGUUUGAGUUAUCUAUGAAGUGCUGAGCGAUGCAAUCAAAUGCAUGCAUCAUGACAACAGAUGUACCAUUAUUUAGUCAAGAUUGUCAAAAGAUAGCAGGAAUGCAGAAAGUACCUAACUCCUCGUCUGAAUAUAUUUACAUGGAUUAUAAUGCAACUACGCCUAUGGAGAGUGAAGUAAUCCAGACUGUUACUAAAGCCAUGCACGAGGCCUGGGGAAAUCCCAGCAGUUCAUAUGCUCCAGGUAGGAAAGCCAAAGAAUGGAUAGAUUGGUCAAGGGAAACCAUAGCUCAGAUGGUUGGAGGUCGCCCACAAGAUAUAAUUUUUACUUCUGGUGGAACUGAGGCUAAUAAUCUAGUCUUUCAUACAGCAGUCAAGUACUUCUUGGAUCAUCAGCACCAGUUGGUACAGAAUGGUGGGGGAGUGGAGCUUGGAGAGAUUACUCAGUCAUUACCUCACAUUAUUACAUCAAAUGUUGAACAUGACUCUGUGCAAUUGGUGGUGGAAAAUCUGGUCAAGGAGGGAAAAGCAAAAGCUACAUUUUUGCCUGUUUCCAAAGAAACUGGAUGCAUCCAAGUUGAUGAUGUGAUUGCUGCUAUUGGGCCAAGCACUUGCCUUAUUUCUAUUAUGCUCGCUAACAAUGAAACAGGAGUUCUCAUGCCAGUUGCAGAGCUGUGUCAACGAGUUAAGAUCAUAAAUCACCAGAGAGGCAAGGUAGCACCCAAGAUUCUGCUACAUACAGAUGCAGCCCAGGCACUUGGCAAACUGCCAGUAGAUGUGCAAGAUCUCGGUGUGGAUUACCUUACAAUCGUAGGACACAAGUUUUAUGGCCCUCGCAUUGGAGCCCUGUAUGUUCGAGGGCCAGGCACGAGCUCACCAGUGAAUGCCAUGUUCUUUGGCGGAGGUCAAGAAAGGAAGUUCAGACCAGGGACAGAGAACGUACCAAUGAUCGCAGGACUUGGGAAGGCUGCCGAGCUGGUUGUUAAGAAGCUGGAGGUGUAUGCCGGUCACAUGAAGGAAAUAAGAGAUUACCUGGAAGCAAACCUGAUGGCUGCCUUUGGAAAGGAAAAACUUCAUUUCAACAGCCACUUCCAGGAAUCAGACAGGUUACCAAAUACCUGCAAUGUGUCCAUUCUUGGUCCUAACUUACAAGGUCGGAAGGUGCUACAGCACUGCCAAAGGCUUCUAGCGAGUGUGGGAGCUGCUUGUCAUUCUGAAAAUGUCAGUAGGCCCUCACACAUACUGCUGAACAGUGGCAUUCCAUAUGACGUGGCGGAGAACGCCAUUCGAUUAAGUGUUGGUCGAGCAACUUCGAAAGCAGAUGUAGAUACCAUUAUAGAGGACCUGCAGCAAGCAGUUAAAGAAAUUGAAUUGUGUGCCACUCAGACCAGACAGUAGCACAUGGAGAGGAACUGGUUACUGCCAUGGAAAAGUAAAAUUACACAAUGGAACCACAGAGCUUUACCUAUCAAAAGGAAAAGACCUAAACAUUCCAACAAGUUACACCAGUUCUUUUGUAGUGAGGCUAAAAUUGGUCAAGUAUUGCAAAAGAUUUUGAGGAAUUUUAAUUGAUUAAGAGUACAGCUCAUCCCUGUUACUACUAAGGGGUGGCAUAUGGAUUUAUGUUUGGUCAUUUUCAUUGAUUUAAACUUGGAUUAAUGAUGUCAUGGAGGAGGCAUUGUGUUUAUUGUGAUUAAACCCAAAUUUAGCAAAGUUUGUAAAACAGUUCUUGGUGGCAAGUGGAUAAUACAUGGAGGAAUUUUUAAGUGUCAAUUUUUAAAAUAUUUCCCUGGCUAGUGACAGAUUUUAUGUUUUAAAUUUAUAAUAGUGAAAUUUAAGAGACAAGUAUAUGGAGGAAUUUCAGGUGGGGGUUUAUAUGGGAGGUAGGGUUUAAGGGUUGGCACAACAUUGUGGCCCAAAGGGCCUGUACUGUGCUGUACUGUUGUAUGUUCUAAUUUCCUGAGUGGAAAUGUAAAAAACAUCUUUUAAAAAUAUUAGCACAAUUCUGAAGAGUGUCCUAAUAACUAACUUUUAAAGGGUUUAAAGAUGAAACACACAAAAAUGUGUUUCCGAGCUGCACAGCAGAAGGAUACUGGGUGCAUGAUGCAUAAGGGAGCAGGUGCAUUCAAUUCCUGCACAAGUACUUCCUGAUGUCUCAGCCACCUAACAAUGAGCAAUGGAGACUAGGGCCAAGGUAAUACAUUGGAAGUAACACAGAGAAUAUUUAGUACAGCUUUGUACAAGAUAGUAAAAAGCAAGUGUAUACUUAAUGCAAAAAAAAGAUAUGUAGGAAUAAGAUGGUUAUAUGUGCUACAUAUAUCAUAAAAAUUUUUUAAAUUGAGUUAUUUUAACAGUUAUUUUUAAAGUUAAUGUAAUGUCUUCUCUAAAGGAGUUACGUUUUUAUAGAAAUAACCUCAGGGUAUCUUAAGCAAUGCUGGAGGAACUCGGCAGGCCAAGCAGCAUCUAUGGAAAAAAGUACAGUCGCCGUUUCGAGCUGAAACCCUUCUGCAAGCCUACCGAACCCUACGCCACCCAAAGAGGUCUAUGCAUUCCAUGUAUACAGAUCUUGUCUGACUGUUCUCAAAUAUCAGUGAUGAACAGCAAGUAUUAGGAGAGUAAAUCCUAACUCUUUCAUCUGAUGAUGAUUGUGCCUCUUGCUUGUGGCUACAGCAUGGUUCAUGGAAACCGGUGAUGGCUGAUUUCGAGUGAAUACUGGACGUGAUCAUGGAGGACAACACUCAGAUGGUGUGGACCCAGAAAGCCCAUUCUUGGACUACAACCUCUAAAGCCACAGCAGGUAACAAGGAUGCUGAUGGCACUGAGGUGAUGGCAUCUUGCACUGUUUUUGACAAGAUACUAGAUCUACCCUCCAUGUAUGAGCAGAUUACCCCAGGCUAGUCCUUGUAGUGGUUUGUUAGGGUGGCCUGACACAAAACCUUUUUAACCACACACAUCCAGAUCCCUUCAAACUCACACUGUCAUGGGAAGCUGAGCUUGCAUAGCAGGUGACAAUCCAUCCACUUCAGGUGAUAGUUUAUCCACCUUGUUAUUGGAUAGUUUCUCUUGCAGUGGAAGAUGAGACGCUGGCCAUCAGAUUCUGCAUGUUAGUUGGGUCCAUGAUCAUUGAAAUGAAGACCACCACCUCUUUUUAAUUGCAGCCAUUUUUUUUAUGAGUAUGGCACUGUUAAUUCCAGCAAUCAUUCUGUACAUUUAGUUCAAUGUUAUGGAAUUCUUUCUCGAACCUCUUUAUACUGGCUGUCUCCCUUCUUUCUUUCCAGUCCAGAUGAAGGAUCUUGAACUGAAACAUUUUUCAUUGCCCUCCAUGUACAGUAUACUGUCUGGCCCACCGAGUUCCUACAGCUCUUUUGGGUGUUGUCCUUUCUAUAACCUUUCUGCCAUAAAUAAAAACCAUAAGACACAGGAGCAGAACUCUGAAUUCAUUUUAAUGAAGUGCAAACAAUGUUAUAUACAUUGGGAGUUCACUAUACAGUAAAUGUGUUGGUAGCUGUAUACAGUUGCAAGAAAAAAAUUGUGAACCCUUUGCUAUUACCUAGUUUUCUCCAUUCGUUACUCAUAAAAUGUGGUCUGAUCUUCAUCUGAGACAAGCACAGUCUGUUUAAACUAACAACGCACAGUUGUACUUUUCAUGUCUUUAUUGAACACAUUGUUUAAUCGUUCACAAUCCAGGCUGGAAAAAUGUAUGUGAACCCUUGUAUUUAAUAACUGGUAGAACCUCCUUUAGCAGCAAUAACCUCCACCAAACAUUAGCUGCAGACCAGACUUGCACAAUGGCAAGGAAGAAUUUUAGACCAUUCCUCCAUACAAAACUGUUUCAGUUUAUCAAUAUUUCUGGGAUACCUUGCAUGAAUAGCCCUCUUGAGGUCAUGCCACAACAUCUCAAAUGGGUUAAGGUCUUGUCUCUAACUUGCUGAUUCCAAAACACAUUUUCUUCUUUUUACCAUUCUGUUGAUUUACUCUUGUGUUUUGGAUCAUUGUCUUAUUGCAUCAUCCAACUUCUAUUAAGCUUCAGGUGACAGACCACUACCUUGACAUUCUCCUGUAAAAUAUCUUGAUACAAUUUUGUAUUCAUUGUUCCCUCAAUAAGCUGUCCAGGUCCUGAGGCAACAAGGCAGCCACAACUAUGAUGCUCCUUCCACCAUGCUUCACAAUUAGGAUGAGGUUUUGGUGUUGGUGUGCAGUGCCCUUUUUCCUCCAAUCAUAGCGGUGUGCAUUUCUGCCAAAAAGUUCAGCUUUUGUCUCCUAAGUCCACAGAACAUUGUCCCAGAAGCAUUGCGAAACCACCAGGUGUUCUUUUGCAAACAUGAGACAUGCAGUAAAGUUUUUUUGGAGAGCAGUGGUUUCCUCUGUGGUGUCCUUCAUGAACACCAUUCUUGUUCAGUGUUUUUUUUUAUAUAGUACGCACAGAAGCAGAUACUUAAGCAAGUUCUAGAGAUUUCUGCAGGUCUUUCACUGUGACCUCCUUCAGCAUUCAUUGAUUGGAACACCUGACUCCAAAUAGCUUUUGUAGAAGGUAUUACCUCAGAGGUUCACAUACUUUUCUGAUUGUGGUUAAGGAUUAGUGCUUUCCCACCAUAUAUGACCAAUAAACUCGUCUCGUGCUACCAGCCAGGUACAGGUAUCAAUUAUAACAGACGUUUUGUUAAAAAACUUGGCCAUCUUCAUCAGGGAUAAUGCCUGGGCAUGUCUGGUCCAGUGGUAUUCAUCUGUCCUCCUGAUUGGUUAGUCCUCAUCCAAUCAGGUUUCGGCACCACACCUUAUUUACAAUCAAAUUCAGUUCUUUCUUUGAGUGAGACCUUCGUCUUUGUUAAGAUUCUUUUCCUCUAGUUUCCUUUCACUGGCUUUCUUUACUAGGUGGUCCCAAAAGCUAUUGGCACGACACAAUAGUUUUGUGCCAUCCGAGUCAAUCCAAUGGCCAUUGCGAGUGCAAUGUUCUGAUAUUGCCAAUUUUUCCAGGUAACCCAAACUGAUACACCACCUGUGCUCCUUGAUGCAGGUUUCCACAGUGUGACCCAUCUGGCCAAUUAUAUGUUGCCUCUGCAUUCACAGGGGAUCCUGUAAAUGCCAGCUCACCUCAGUUCCAGGUCAUCUUUGUCCCACAUAAACUUUGAUGUGAGCUUCGUUACAGGUUUGUGGAUGGUAUUAAUCUGGUAUUUCUUUAAGAUCCUGGUGAUCCUCCCAGAAACCAUGGAAGUAUAUGAAAUAUGGGCAGUAGCAAUGAAUUCCUCCUUGUUAGGUUUCAUGGUUUUUCUCUCAGCCUUCUUAAGGGCCCAAUUGAUUUUCUUCACCUUGUAGCCAUUCUGUAGGAACAUGGUGCAUAAUCGUCUUGUUUCCUCGGGGAGACUCACCGGGUCCGAAAUAGUUUUUGCACAGUCAAUCAAAGAAUAAAGAACCACUCUGUGUAUGGAGGCGUGAUGGUACGGAAUGGCUACCAAUUAUAUCGAUGUAAUCGAUACUUGUACCGGGCUGGAAGCCCAAGAAGAGUUUAUCUGUUGAGAGACUAUGAUGUUUUAAAUGGUGGACUCAGUACUGAUGAGAAAACGUACAAUUGUUUGUGUGUUAUGAGUUUAGGCAGAUUAAGACUUAGAAGAUCAGACCUCAUUUUAUGAGCAGUUAAUGCAGAAAACCAGGUAGUUGCAAAGGGUUCACUAACUUUUUCUUACAACUGUGUAUCUCUUCCCCCUCCCACUGUACCAAUGCUGAUGAGGCACUGUGUGAGCUCUACAGGGCCAUUAAUGACUUUCAAACCAAACACACUGAUGCUAUCUUCAUUGUCACUGGUGACUUUAACCUUGCAAACCUAAAAGCAGUCCUGGAGGAGCUCAGCAGAUCAGGCAGCACCUAGGAUGGGAAUAAAUAGUCAGUGUUUUUGGCCGAGACCCUUAUGUCUUAAAGCAGUCCUGCCUAAAUUCCACCAGCAUGUUGGUUUUCCUACUAGAAGUGAAGAUACACUAGUCCUGGUUUAUACUAACAUACUAGGUGCAUAUAAAGCAGUUCCCCAACCCCACAUUGGGCUCUCAGAUGUGUUAUGCUAAUUCCAACAUACGAAUCACUGAUCAAUCCAGCCACACCCAUUCUAAAGGUGGUGAACACCUGGCCUGAGGUGGCAAUCUCAGCAUUGCAGGACUGCUUUAAAGCACAAACUGGAGGAUGUUCAGGGAAGCUGCUACCUAUGGCAACCAUGCUAACAUCGAGGAAUAUGUGGAUUCUGUCACCAGCUGCAUAUAGAGGAUGUUACCAUGAAACACAUCCAUGUGAGAGCAAAAGAUAAGCCAUGACUUACUGCAAAGGCCCAUGCACAACUGAGGGAUCAUGAUGCUGCCUUUAGAUCAGGGACAUUGACGGCUCUCAAGAAAGCAAGAACUGCUUUCCUGCUCCAUCAGGAAGGCAAAACAGGAGCAUUCUCAGAGAAUGUACAACCACUUGUGUGAUACCAGAGACACGAGGUGCGUGUAGCAGGGAAUUCGAAGGAUUACAGACUAUAAGUCUACCCUGCGCAUCAGUGACCAGGACGCCCCACUCCCCCGCAGGCUGAAUGUCUUUUAUGCCUGGUUUGAUUCACAGAACUGAAUGCUGGCGAGAAAGGCACCCCCCCCCCGGGGGGAGCGAACAAUUUACUGGCUGAAGCUGAGAUCAGGAAGACUCUGGCUAGGGUCAACCCACGCAAAGCUGCAGGGCCCGAUAACAUACCAGGUCAGGUUUUGAAAGACUGUGCAGCUGAGCUAAUUGAGGUGCUGAUCGAUAUAUUCAACGUACCAGUUUUGUUUGGUAUAAUUCCUCAACAUAUUCACCGUAUUUCUAUAUCAGACCAAUACGUAAUUGCACUUGUCACAUUAUUGGCUGGAAGGGCUAUUUUAUUAAAAUGAAAAGAUGCUUCUGCUCCCACUUUGAUACAAUGGUUCUCUCAGGUGAUGUUAUGUCUUAGUUUGGAAAAAAUUAGUAGUUGAACUUUUGAUCCUAGAUUUGACUUCGAGAAAAGGUGGGGUUCUUUUGCCCGUUAUUAUCAUUUGAUUUGAGUUAAUAAAGAUGGUCCUUUUCUGAUGCUUGGGUAUAUGGAUUUAUUUGGCGGAUUAAUGUCUUUUUUUUAAUGGAAGCUUGUAUGGUGUAUAGCUCUGGGUUUGUGCUCCAAAUGGUUUUUUUUUCCCCCGUUUUUUUUGUUAUUGGGUUUUUUUUCCUAUUUUAGUUAGGAGUUUUUUCCCUUUUUUUCCAUAAAAAAAGCUUUAAUAUUUUGUAAAUUAUUAUUGAUAUACUGUUUAGCUUGGUUGAUAGUUUAACUCUUAUUCUACAUUUAGGUAUGUUGUCUUGAUUAUUUUGAUGUAUUUUUCUCUGUUGUUGAUUUUCAAUAAUAAUUAAUAAAAAGAUUUAAAAAGAAAAAGAUAUAUUCAACAUCUUUCUGGAACAAUCGAUUGUCCUCUUGGUUUUCAAGGUGGCAACCAUCAUUCCAUGCCAAAGAAGGCGGCAGUAACCUGC